CACUAUGUACACCGGUUAUAGCAAUGAACACAUGGCAUAAAAAACUACGUAACGUUUUGUGUUCGCUGAAAAAAUUUUCCGAUUUUACCACUCGACAAGUUCCACGCCCCAGACUUUCGCUUUCACAUCGAAAUAUUUACAAAGUGGACACACCAAUCAACAACAGAACAACGCCACCAAUUUGGAUUUUAUGUAUUUCAUUUGUGCGAAAGUUGAUUGGUGGCGUGGACGGCGCUAAUAUCUCCUCACCAUCAAAGAAAUCAAUAUUACCGUUGUCGUUAAGAAAUCGAUAUUAUUACCCGGUCAUGUCCAGUGAUGUUUUCCCCUGCGAAGAAAUCGAAGAAAGUCUCCUGCCACCGGAAUCGGUGAGAGGAAUGACUCAACUGGACAGAUCGGCUUUUAAACAAACGAUAUUAGUCCCAGCUUUAAAGGUACCUCGUAAACACAUCUCCCUCCUCAGCAAGCGUCUGAAGAAAUCCUUGGCUCACUUCAAAAAAAUCAAAUCCAUUGCAGAGCUUUCUGAGUCCGACCCACAUCAUGAUGACUUCCGGCUAUUUCUCUUCGACCCGUCCAAGUACCGAGAUGCUGACUGCUUCUCUGAGGAGGAACGCCAGUUGCUACUCGAAGCAGGUGUUGAUGUUGAAACAGCACUGUUCUGGGCAGAAAUUGGGUUGAGUUAUGACAAUUGGAAUGCCUCUGAGAUUCUACGAGCCAUUCUGCCAAAAGGCUUUGACAAUGUGUCUGGGUUCAGCAAUGUUGGACAUAUUGCACAUUUCAACCUGCGAGAAGAGACUCUACCCUACAAAUUCCUUAUAGGACAAGUUAUUUUGGACAAGGUACCAAGUGUGAGGACAGUAGUUAACAAGACCAAUAUUAUUGACAAUACCUUCCGCAAUUUCCAGAUGGAGCUGUUGGCUGGAGAAGACGAUUUCUAUGCCACUGUCCGAGAGAAUAAAUGUAUCUACCAAUUUGAUUUUUCAAAGGUUUACUGGAAUUCCAGACUUUCCAUGGAACAUGAGAGGAUUGUGUCAAAAUUAGAGAAGGGUGACGUGGUGUAUGAUGUGUUUGCUGGUGUAGGUCCAUUUGCCAUCCCUGCAGCAAAAAAGGGGUGUGUUGUGCUAGCCAAUGACCUGAAUCCUGAGUCAUACAAAUCCCUUGUGCACAAUGCAGCCAUGAACAGGAUCAAAUCUGACUUCUGUGCCUACAACCUGGAUGGUCGGAAGUUCAUCAGAAACAGUGUGAAGGAGGACAUGUGUUGUCGAUGGUUACAACUGAUUGAUGCAGAAGCUAUCCACAGCGGUGUGGAUUGCAGUAAUGUCAGUUACACUGAUAAUAGUAAUGAAAAAGCUGUUGGUGACAACAUUGGAGGUUGUAAUAGUGGUGGAGGUAUUAUUGGUGCUGUUGUUGGUGGUAUUUGCACAGACAUUGGCAAUGCUGCCUUCACAAAAAAUUGGACUUCUCCUGCGUUCCACAUUGUCAUGAAUCUACCUGCCAUUGCUGUUGAAUUCUUAGAUGUCUUUCAGUCCAUGUGCAGCGAUAUCCCUGUCACCAGCCCCGUAGUGUCUCCGCUGGAACAGAGGACGUGCCUCCUGCCUCAUGUCUAUUGCUACUGCUUCUACAAGGGUGACAACCCCGAGGCAGAUAUUGAAAAACGGGUGCGCCAGGCACUCAGAUGUGAUCACCCACCUCAAGAUCUUGUAAUUCGCUUUGUACGCAACGUGGCACCAAGCAAAGACAUGUACUGUGUAGAGUUUGUUGCAUCGAAGGAGCUGCUAUGGAGACCAGUAACACAGACAAGGAUGAAGGUAGAUAGCCAUGGAAAUAGCAAAUGCUAUGCAGAUUCUCAACCCGAGACUAAAAAGCGACGUUUGGAGACUCUAGAGGUUGGAUCUCAACAACUACUACAACAACAUCCAUUUCACUGCUCACAACCAAAAUGAUGAUCUUUUAUUCCACAGCAUUGGCAGUUGUUUUCCUUUCAUCAGCACAGUUCAGGGUCAACUUGGGCUUCAUUAUGGCCUUAACAAUAUACUACUUAGCAGUAAAAGAGAAAAUAAAUUUUAUUUAUUUUGUUUUA